GAGGAGGUUGAAGGGGUGGGUCUAUAUAAGAGCAGCUGCCUCCAUCCUCCACGUAGCCACAGAAACCACCCUGACACUGAGGCAAGGAAACAUAAGCUGAGGAAUCUGCAAGGACCCCCCCAGACAGGCGGCCACAAUCUCACACCCGGCACAGACGGUGGGACCAUGAGGACCAUAGUGGCUCUACUGCUUCUCUGUCUGUGCGACCCAGGACGUUGUGACUGCCAGACGGACUGCCUGUCCUGCAGCACUAUCCUGCCCAAACAGCUCAGUACUAUGGUGUGUAUCAUCGAGUGCAAAAGCAACGUUUCUCCUUCUCACUCCUGGGACAUCUGCCGUAAAGCACUCACUUCUUCUUCCCUUGACGGUACCAUGACAAAAAGGUCCCAAGAGGAAGCUGAUGUUCUACUUCCUAAAGAAGAAGAGCAAGUAGAUGGGGGCCUGUUACUGCCCAUCGAGUUACAACGAUUCAACCAUUUCACCCGCGCACUCGACGUUAACGACAGAGGCCUGGUUAGCAAGAGCAGCCAGCUGAGCAGCAUCUUGGAUUCCCAGAAUGAUCUGUCACUUGCCAAUGAGUAUGAAGAAGAGGAGGCCGAGCAAGGAGAGGAUGUUGGCGUGGCUGCAAAAGGACCGAGUGAUCCAGAGCUUAGCCUCUCCAAGAGGUUUGGUGGCUUCGUCAAAGGAAGGCACGGCUACAGAAGGUUGAUGUAUCCAGGAAGGUCUUACCAGAAGAGGUAUGGGGGCUUCAUUGGCAUUAGAAAGUCUGCCCGCAAGUGGAACAACCAAAAAAGGUUCAGCGAGUUCCUGAAGCAGUACCUGGGCAUGACCACCCGGGCCACUGAGUUCAACAGUGUUUCAGGAGACCUGGCCCAGCAGAAUGAAGUUUGAGGGAGCGCACCAAUCACCUGAUGUGUUUCAGUGAUCUACUUUUGUAAUGUUUGAACAUUUCAGAGUUCAUCUGGAAACCUUAAAGUCACAUAUUUAAAUAAAGUACAUAAAAAAGGCAAAGCCAUUAUUUAAGACUCCAAUUUUAGACCUAGUUUUACCGAGACAUAUGAAUAGCCUUUUCCGUUUCUCAUCCGUUGUCUCUACUGAUAAGAAGUCUCAAAACCCCUGGAUACUGAAAAGUGUAUCAUUUAAGUAUUUUAGAGGAACACAAAAGAAAAUAAAGAAU